AUGAGAGUUGCGCUCUUCGACGCGACGUGGCUUUACCCACUCAAGGCAAGUCGUCGACUACCACAUCGCGGCCUCUUCUACUUCCUCCGCCGACCAUACUACUGGCCGCUCAUGCGAGCACGACUUAUCCCGAUCAUCUUUCUGUCAGCCUUCGUUUUGACGAUUCUGUUCCUCUUCGCUUUCCUCCCACAGGUCGCCUUCCUCGCCAUCUUCCACGGUCCAGCAGCAUGGCUGAACGGACUAGUCCUGACCUUAGGAGAAGGGGCCGCAAUCGUUGGUUUGCUGUUCGAGGCCUUCUUCGUGGACGAGUCCCAAGUCGACGUCUUCGAUACCGUCCUCAUCGACCAGGGUCUUUCAGAUCUGGUCGCUCAGGGUCGCCUUCUUGAUCAGACAGCCGAAACAUCAGUGAAGAUGCUCGGGAAGCCGACCGUCACAGCAGUGUACGCGCCAUUCAGCUUCAGACAGAUUGUGGAGUUCGUGAUCCUGCUGCCGGUGAACUUGAUACCUUUCGUGGGCGUGCCCAUCUUCCUGAUCCUCACUGGCUACCGAGCGGGCCCUUUCCACCACUGGCGCUACUUCAAGCUGCUGGGAUUGAACAAGAAGGAAAGAAACGUCUACAUUAAGAGACGACAGAUGAAAUACACCUGUCCCUGUGCUGCAGAUGUUCUUCCUUAUGACGACGGCCUGCGGGGCUGCGCUAUGGGCAGCGAAGAUGGAGAAGGCGAGACGGUCACGAGAAGAAGCGACAACUGGUGCCGAGCACGAGCCAUAUCGCGAUGA